AUGCUUCUUUUUACUCGACCAGCCGUUGCCCUCACUCUUGUCCUGAGCUCCUUGACUGUAUGCCAUGGAGCUGUUUUCAAGGCGCCGAAAUGUGUUGGCGAUAUUACCGAAUUUCCAAAUUGCAUGAAGGCGGACGAGAUUGCCAGAAAAUGCAGUAACAAGUCAAAGCAAGAAACCAUUGACUGCUUCUGCACCCAGGAGCUUCUCGAUGCUUAUGUUGGGUGCAAGGGCGAAUUCAGGCAAUGCGUCUUGGGAAACUCAUACGACAGUUUUGUUGAGGAUGAGAUCGCCAACUGGCAAGAUGCCUGUGGUCCAUAUCUCCCAGACGACAUCACAACUCCAACGGCAAUCGCCGCGACAAGAACGUUGGAUGAAGACACUUGCCAGACGAUUGCCGAGAGCUGUGCCCAAAUGACCAAGUCAAUCACCUCGUGCUCUUCCGAGUACACCAAAGGAGCAGAACUCACGAGCUGUCGCUGCCAAGAGUCGAUUGUUGCUCUAGCCUCGGUGUGUAUCAUUGAUGGGCCCGAGUCUUGCAUCGGAACGAGUGUGGCUAGCAAAGACAUAUGGGAGUACCAGAACUGUGCAGCUGCCACUGGAGUUUUCGAGACGUCAACGGACAAGGGCCCGGUCACCGUAACGGCGGGAGCUACUACUGCUGGGGAUGCGCCACCCACCACUCUAACCUUCGGUCCGGGUGCUACUGCUGCGACUACAACCUCUGGUAGCAGCUGCUUGAAGUGUUCAAAGACAGGAAGGGGUGCUUUGGGUGCUGUUCUUCUCAUGGUGGCAUAUGCCUCGUUUGCCUAG